AUGGCUGCUGAUGGCAGUGGUAAGGCUGAAGGUGCGUUUUUCGCCUUUGCCAUGCUGUUACGGGUCAUUUAUCCUGGAAAUUUAUAGUGAGGCUAAUCUGUUUUGGACGUCGCGCUCUCCGCAGUCGUUUACCUAGCAAACCUGCUGUGAUCCAGUCACACGUUAUGUCGCAGUUUUUGUCCUGUGUUCGUUUGUGUCACAAGGCUCAACACUCAUACAUGACGCACUGCGUCAACAAACUGGACCCUCUGUCUUUUUUUUAUUUUAGAAGGGAUUGCCGGGCGCGCCGUCGUUGCAGCGACCGACAGGGGGUACCCAGGCUGCGGCGAUGGGAGCCUACGCUCCUGCCUCAGGUGCUUUUGGCGCCGCCGCCGCCGCCGCCGCCUCCACCGCUUCCUCCUCUUCUGCCGCCUUGCUCUCGACCCUGAGUAAGAUUCCCGGUUGGCGGGGCACCCUCGUACUCAGUCCGGACGGUGCUGUUCUCCAGUCAGCUGGCGAACUCAUCAACACUGAGGAGUUGGGCAGCAAGUUUGCUGCGCUGGCUAAUCGAGUCGGCCAUUUCUUUGCUCUCCAGUCCAACAGAGCGGAUGGUUUUAAACGUCUCUCCAGUACGUCUUAUUAUUAUGUUUUAAUUUAGCGCUUCCGCACCUUACCUGAACGUUCCUGCCUUUUUCCUUCUCUUUGUUUACCACCUAACCCCUCCUUACAGUCCUAUAUUCUGUUCUCCUCCCUUUUUGCCGCAUUGUUAUGUCCCUUUUUCUCGACUAUUUUCUGCGCCCGUCCACGAAAUUUCCUCAUUUUCUUCCUAGCUGUUUUCGUUAUCCUUUUUGACUAUCUCCUUUGUUUGUCUCUUUCCUCUCUCCCCUCUCCUCCCCUCCUUCCGCUACUUUGUCUCACUAUCAAACCUGCCUAAUUUUUUAUGGGAAAUUAGGAACACACGGCGGUCGAGAACUACCUGAUGUCAAGUAUUUCUAAACAGCCGGAUCCUUUUAGGUGCUAGACCAGAAAAAAUACAUUGACUGGCCUAUCUCAUUUAACGUUAACCGAAGUUCUAAGCUGUGUUUUCGAUUAGAAGGGAUUACUUAUAUGGGGUUGUGAUGUUGUUUAGUGCGCGGUAUAAUCCCGUGGUAUUCUAGACUCGCCGAGAUGUUUUUCUUCUCCUACACUUCUGUUCAGCCUCGCGCAAAAACCACAUUCGGUAACAAUGACUACUUUAAUAAUAGGUCCUUCUUUCUAUUUGAGUUUGAUGCCCUUUUGAGUUUACAAAUAUUUUAUAUAAAAAGUGCACAAAGGUGCUCCUUCUUGCGCUCAACUGGUACCACAUCACCUCUUCGACUUGCGUGCCCGAAGUAAGGGUGUUUUUCGGUCUUGGAAAAACUUCCAGUUAUAAAUUUUUUUUACGACCAUGAAAUGUCCACUCACACAACAUCGAAUCAAUACGCUUGCUAAUAAUGCUUGCGAACUAUACAGCACGGUCCGCAUCCACUGCAAAAUUCCAUGACCCCUCUAUGACAUUCUCCUGUGCGGAAAGUACGCAGAACGGGGUUUUUAAACCCCAAGGGCAAAUGGAACUGCAAGCUGGGUUUCCAAUUGUUGGAGAAUUGGAGAAAGAUGGCUUUUCUUCGCGUAUAUACUCUGGAAAAAUGAUUUUCCACCAAAUGAGUGCAGGAAGGAAGCCCUUUUUUCAUAAAUUACAUUUGCAUUCUUGGGGGUAUUGAAAGUCGGUAGGGUAAUUCAUACUACGUAGGUAGUACUUUGCAAUGGAGUGCAAUUUUUCAGGCAUUCUGGUCUGUCUGAAAUGUCUUGGGCGUAUGCUGCUUGAUAGUCAAUAUUUCAACCCAACUUACAGUAAAUGUGCUAACUCGGGAAACGCGUUUUCAGCUCGAAAAGAUUACCUAAGUAAGGUUGUAUUAUCAUUCACCCUGCAGCCUAAUCCCAUAAUAAUUCAGUUACUCCCAGGAUGACGGUUUUGAAAUGAACGUCUUUCCAGCUACCUGUGAAAACGAUAUCUGGCAAAUAAAUGGCUACUCAAGUAGCAUUAAUUUUUUUCAUUGAUUUUCUAUGCCCAUAUAAAUUAAAAUAUAUCUCGUAGGAAACGAGCGUAAAGUAUUCAGCCUUUUAUUCCUCAACAAUAAAAUUACGUCUUCAAAUAAUAAUCUAUAAUCUGGUGUUAAGAAAGUUUCUAAUAAUGAGAUUUUCUGAAACCAUGAACUUCCAGUUCACAAAACCUUGUUUCUGCAUUUAAUAAUGCUGCCCGGAAAGUUUACAAUAUGGCUCUUAAUGGUCUGUUCUUAAUAACGUAUAGAAAUGUAUGAUUUUCCAUGCACGGGAAAUAUACAACGUGUAGUUUGAAAGCCCUAGAUGCAAAUGUAAGGGCAGGUCGGGCUGAGAAUUAUUCGGGAAUAGGAAAGUUUUUAAAACCGAAUUAAACCGUUGCCUGAGGCACAAACUCUAAAAAAGCAUAAUUUUCUACCGAAUGAGCAAAAGAAUGAUUACUUUUAUGCAUGUUUUUUAUGGAAUAUACUUGUAUUUAUAGGGACAUCAAAAAUCAAUGAAAAGAAUUCCCACUACAUAAAUGGUCGUUUUUACAGAGUACAGUUUCUGCAGGCGACCGAAAAAAAGUUCAAAAACUAGCAUUCUGAAUUAACUGAGCUAUUAUAGGAUUAUGCUGCAUGGUAAUUAAUAUUACAACUCCACUUAAGUAUUUUUUGAUUAUGUUGCACGGGGACUAGUAUUACAGCCUUGCUUAAGUGAUCUUUUCGGGUCGAAAACGCAUUUAACUAUUUUGGCUAACAUUUAUUGAGUUAGUACAUCCACUAUAAGCUAACCUUUCUAAUAAAAACACUGUUAGCAUUUCAUGUGAUCAGUCACUGACUGUAGGAUGGAGUAGUGAUAUUGUUUGCCGUGCAACACAGCCUAAACUUGAUUUAGUCAUGCCCGGACGCCGGUCUUUGAAUGUACUUCUUUGUAAAAUAUUCUUCCUGGCAUUCAUUUGGUAGCAAAUCACAUUUUCUUCGAUUCGCACACCCCGUAAAUGGCGCCUUUCAGUUGAAAAGUCUAAUUACGCGAUUUUCUAAAGACUGUUAGUUCAUACAGCGUCGUAUCUCUCCGUUUAUUAAUGCUUCUUAUGAAGUAUGUAAACUGUUCCACAUCUAUUGCAAACUUUUACGAGCCCUGCAUUAGUCUUCUUAAUAACAUAGAAGAAUGUGUGAUUUUCUCCGCAUGGAAACCUUUAAUGUGGAAGCUUGAAGCACAGAUACAACUGUAGGUCGGGCUCAAAAUUAUUUUCAAAUCAGAGGACUUUUUUUAAAUUCAAACGAUGUCCUUCUUUCAAAUAUAAACCUUUGAGAAGUCAUUUGCUACUGAAGAAUAUUUUUGGGCUUGUCUCCUGUAAAAUACAUUCUAAUUUAUGUACGCGUGGAACCGCCGAGAAAAAUGCAUACUACUUAAUUGGUAGUUUUUACGGGCAACUGCAAAGAAGCUCAUUCAAAGGACGAUAUUCUAGCGUGACCGAUAUACCUUGAGAUUAUUUCUCUACGGUAAUCCGGUCGUAUGCAGGAAGUCGGACCCCCCCUCCCCCCAGUACUACGAGUGGCUCUACGUCCAGUUCCAGGGAGGCUUCCUAUUACUGUGUCGUAACCUUUAAUCCUGACCCACGUAGUACCAGCAUCAACGCCUAUAUUCUUAAUGUCUGUUUUUCUUCGAUGGAGCUGCAAAUCCGCAUUUCGUGGAAAGACUUCAGAACAAAGUUAAAUUUCACCAUCUAUCAAGCGAACGUCAAUCGUCACUUCACCCAUAGCCUCUCUACCCAUAGCGCGCGAAUUUGGCUUCGCUUCCGCUGGGGAUGGGCCGCUUUCGACAGUCGGGUUAUUCACGAGAAAACUGUUAUUCCAGAGUGCCUCUGCUUUUUCACAGUAUCCUCGGACUGCCUGCCACUACAGCCCUACGGAGUACCAUCGACCCUUGCUCGUGAUGAUGAUGAUGAUGAUGAUGAUGAUCAUCAUCAUCAUCAUCAUAGCACAAAUAGGAUUACUAAAUUCAAUGUCCACUUGUGUUGAUUCUGUCGAGUCGGUUUGAUCGUCUGCCUUCCUUUGUAUUACUGUUGACGGAAGACCACCUCUUCACGCGGCAGUACUCCAAAUCGCUGUUACUGUUAUUACUGAGAGGAAAAUUGCUCUUGAUGCCAAGUUUAUCCAGAGCACGCGGCCCAUAGCUGUGCAGUCGUUCUCAAAAGCAACUGAAUCGUGGCUUGAAAGACGAAGGUUAUAUGUAGCUUCUGGAUACUCUUCACCGGUAACACGUCUCAGGUUCCGGUAUUGUAUUAAAUAGCGGGCGACAGUCGCCGUCUAACCGGUCGGUCAUCGUCUUAGCAGAAUAAUUCGCCACUAAGUUACGCGAAUUCAGGGAUACGUUCACCCAAGGCAGACAGUCUCCCAUCACCUGCAGUCAGUGUCUGGCGGAUCUCGUCCUUCUUUCCCCCUCCCCUCUCCCCAUUCCACGUUGAGUGGACUCCAGUUUGGGAAAAUCACGGGCAUUAAUGUGCCCGUUAGUGGUUAGAGGCGUGGACUUCUAACAAACAGGUCGCGAGUUCGAGCCUCGGGUGUGCCACACUUCGGGGUUGGGUAUGAUUGCCUGACGACGGCUAGUAAGCAUAAAUUGGCCAUUCUAGUUUCUCUUGUCCUUGUCAGUAAUACUAUUUGGUUAUAUCAUGCGCCUCUGUGCGGCUGCUGGUUGCACUCAAGAGGGAGAGCUCGUAAGGCACAACGGGACGAGUGUGUUCCGUAAGAACGAUCGAUGAACGUCCCCCUACCACUCAAAUGCCUACUGAACAGACACCCGGCCGUCCGCGCUUGACAGGUGAACCAGAGCGCACCUGGAACUGGUCUUUACUCGUUUAUUCCUAUCCAGACCUUUGAUUCUCCUGCAAAGACUUGCGGUUGUCUGGCGGUUUUUUUUACUAAUGAGGUCGGUUUACGGAAAUGCUUGAUUUUUUGGCUGAACCGGUUUCUUCGAUUUUGACCAAGGUUGAAGCCUUUUCAGCGUGUACUGUAUUUUCAAAUGUUCUGACUAACUUACCUUGGGGUUGUAUGACUGUCAUCCAACAAUCGAUCGGUGUCCCCUUUUUUGAUCAGGCGUGUGUACGGUCAGUCUGUUAUCCACUCCUCCCACCUGCCCCCCACCAGCACUGACUGGUUGGUUUGUGAUGGCAGGCCCGUUCUCCCGGGAAGCCUGAUGACGACAGUUCGACCGUCGAUUUCGACGAUGUCCACCGUGUGCCCCACAGACUGCAUUGUGGGAGCAGGGACGGUGACUUACGCAGGGGUUUAUAGUGCCUGUAGACUUGCGUAGCAUCUACCUACACUCUCUCCUCCCCCGCCUGAGCCCGGUGUCAAGACCAAGUCAAGAAGACCGGAGACGGAGGAGACCGCAGGUGGAUGGCUCGGACGGAUCCUCGCCUUGGCGCUCCACUCCGCACCCCCUGGUCUACACACAAAUGACCAGGAUUUUGACCACAAAACAAUGGGGUGCUGGCAGUGGUCCAGUUGAGCGACGAGUGCCGACAACAGGGUCCGCCAGCGCACCCCGCAAGUGUUGGCAUUUGUUAUUGCGCACAGAUAACGCCUGCCAGAGUCCGAUGUGGCCCCCGUGUUGGUCCAGCGCAUCUAACACGUGGCCCGUUUAGAGGGCGUGCGGGAAGCCUGAUAUUUGGGAGUAGACUCCGGCAAGACGCCUUCCUCCCAUCCCGACUCCUCAGCUGUUAGGCCACCAGUCUGAUUGAUCUCCCUUCUUCCGUUCUGUUUGUUUUUCUUCACAGUAAUCUCCUCGGGUCACGCCUACCUCAUGACCUGCGUGGGUGACGCAAUCUACGUGGUGAAGCGGGAACUGUCGCCUGAGGCCUCUGAGUCAUCUGGCCGUGGAGACCUGCCUCUGGUUGACCUACAGGAGGCCGACGCUGCUUUGCGUGUUUGA